UGAGUGGCGGGAGUAUAAGCGACCUACUGGAUAAACACCAUUGCUGUCUUGUACAAGCUCACUCCCCACGUUUUUCACAAUUUCACCGUUACUCUUCACCAUUUAACCACCAUGGAUGCUUCUCCUGAACCAACAUUCAUCGCGAAGGCGAUGAAGGACUUCAACCAGUUCCUGUACAGCGGCAACAGGUCUAGAGACUCGUGCAUGAGUGGGUCCCGACGCCUCAACUUCUCCGAGGCCCACAGUGACUGUAGCAGCGUUAUGGACAAUGACUCCACCGAUGGAUUCCACAACUCUAAGAAAAGACACCUCGACUCUGUUGCUGGGUUUGAUAUUACAAAGAAAUUUAGAGAAAAAGACAGCGAAAUCAUUGGUGCUCAAGCCAAGAUAUCAAGGCUUGAGGGGCGCAUACGUGACUUAGAGAUGACGACGAAGAAAGCAAAACUCGAAAGAGACACAGAACUGGAAAGUUUGAGACGAAAGCAGCUUGGAGCUAAAGAGCUGAUUGACGACCUGCAACAUAAAGUGAAGCAACUGCAGACUCGUGAGAGGGAAACUCAGGAUUCUGCACAUAAAACUAAAAAGGAAUGCAAUACAACUAGCCUGGAGUCUGAGGCCAAGAUGAUCAAGAUGCAACAAGAAUACCUGCAGCAGUGCAACAGAUUGCAUGUGGAAAUCAGAAGCCUUCAUGAUAAAGUGUUGAAUUUGGAAAAAGAAGUUGAUGAAAAAACCUCACAGGCGGAGUUAGCAAAGUCUCUAGCUGAAGAACUGGAGGAAAAGCUUACUGCUUCCCAGAACAAGUUGAGAGAGUUGACAUCCAGUCAGCUACAGUUUGAAACUCUGAAGCUAGAGCUUGAUCAAGCAAAGGCAAAAAUUAAGGAAGUUAAAGUACAACAAGAAGAGCUAGAGAUGUUAAAGAAAAAAUCUGACGUUUUUGAGGCGACGGUGAGAAAGAUGGCAAUCCUGCAGAAAGAAUCGGCCAAGUUAAAAGAUGACAAUAAGUUUUUAAGAGACACUGCAAGGAACACUGAACUCAUAGACGAAACACUCACUAGUGCUCAACAGCAGAUAAAGCUCUUGGAGAAACGCUGUAAAGAAAAUGCCCAUCUCCAGGCUGAAAAUGACUUGUUGAAGGAAACUGUGCAACAGUAUGAAUCAGUGGCUCAAGAGGAGUUCAGGUUGGAACACAAAGCUACGCCUCAAGAACUACAGAAUCACAUUAUCAGGCUCAAGCGAGGAGAUGAAACCCUUACUAAAGGUAUAACACAGCUGCGGGCCAGUCAGAAAUCACUAGAGAGCAGUCGGGCAUCAGAAGAGGCUGAGAUUAAGGAGCUUAAGUCCAACUUACAGAAGCAGCUGUUCAAUACCCAGCAGAAUGCUCAGCUCAUCAAGAGACUUCAGAGGAAACUCAUUUUGGUUACCAAGGAACGUGAUAGUUUGAAGAGCAUCCUCUCGUCCUAUGAAUCGGAGGUAACAAUCAACCAUUCAGUUGUUAGCCAAGAAAAAAUAACAAAGCUAGAAGAUCACUUGGAAUUAUACAAACGGGAGCUUCAACGCCUUGAAAGUGAACUGGAUACAUCAAGCAAACUUAAAAUAGAUGAAACCAUAAUACGACAGACAAGAGAAGACGAAUCAGAGAAGAUUUCAUCUUUAGAAAAGAAGGUAGUGGAACUAAAGAAUGAGAUUGCUAAAUUGACACAAGACAAGGAAAUCUUGGAAGUGAGGCUUGAGCACCGUGCACUCAAGGGCGACUAUGAUCCAACGAAGACCAAGGUUCUGCAUUUUGAGAACAAUCCUUUGGCAAAGGCAGUUAAAAAUCGUGAGACAGAGAUUCAACGUAUACAGAAAGAAAAUGAAGCUUUACAGGAGCGCGUUCGACUUUUAGAAGACGGCGAGGCACUUAACAUCACAGAGAAGGUUGGGAUAAAGUUGAGCGAUGAAGCUCACUCUAGCAGGAAAGUCAAUGAAUUAAAGGAAAAAAUCAAAUCAACGGAAAUACGGAACAAGCGCCUGUUGGAAGUAUUCAAGCGCAAAUCAUUGGAGAUGCGUGAGGUUGUGUAUCGAUUAACUGGCUAUAGAGUAGAUGUGUCAGGGGAUAACCAUUAUAAACUGAUCAAUAUGUAUGCAGAAUCUGCCGACGACUUCUUUAUGUUUGAGCAAACUGCAAACAAAGAACUGCAGCUGUUGGAAACUGACUUCUCAAGCACGCUUGACGACCUCAUUGAUGCCUAUCUUCGCCACGAGAACUCCUACCCAGCAUUCUUGUCAGCGGUUACUCUUGACCUGUUCAACAGACAGACAGUUGAACAGCCUCCUUCAUCCAGUGAAGUGGAGGAAGAAGAGGAGGAGGAAGACAUGGAACCAGAGUCAGAAGAGCCUAAAAUGUCACAGCCAGAUGAUGACGAUGAGUAUGAUGACAAUGAUUUGGUGGUCUUGGAUUAAUAACAAGUUUGAUGACAAUGAAUUGGUUAUCUUGAAAUAGAGCACCAAGUGUACAUAUGUAUAUAGAAGCGAACAGAUUGGAAUUUCGGUAUUUUUUAUAAAAACAUUAGAGAAAUGCUAAAAAUAAUGUGGAUUUUAUAUAAAAAAUAGAAAAUAUGUUCACCGGUUAGUUUUAUGAAUUUUUAUGAUACUUUACAUUAAAGUAACAUGAGGGAAACAUGUAACAGUCUAGGUUAACUUAUUGCUUUAAACAUAAAAAUGGCAUCAUGUAAAUAAAAUUUUAUUCAUAAUUUGGCCUCAUCUUUUAUCAGUAUACAGGAACUCUGAAUAAAGCAAAUAGAAUAUUGAGAUUCAUAUCUAGAGGUGUUAGCAAUAAGACGCCUAAUGUUAAUCUUCAGCCUUAUUUUUGCCUACGUUACGUCCCAUUUAGAUUAUGCAGCUCAGUUUGGAACAAUAGCAUAUAGUUCUAUACUAUAGAAUGACAAAUUCAGUUGACUCUAUAUAGAGGACAAUGUACAAGUUAAUCCUAGGCAUUAGAAACCUUCCUUAUGAAGACAUGAAAAAGAGCUACAUUCUCUUGAAAGACAAGGCAUAAGGGGUGAUAUGAUUGAAGGGUAUAACAAAGGGUACAUUAGAAAGGCAGUAAAAUUAUUAUCCAAUUUCUAUCCAUUGUUUUGUUAAAUGUUGAUUCAGUAAAGACCUGGGGUAAAUACUGGUUUAGAAAUAGGGUUGUUGCUUUGUGGAACCAAUUACCCGGUGCUAUGAUUGAUGUGGGAUCCAUCCCCCCCCUCGAGUGUUUUCAAGAUUAAACGUGUUUAACAUACGUGAGAGUUUGGGUGGAUAUAAAAAGGGUCUGCCUCAGUUUCCUUUAUUCUUAUGUUCAGUUGUAUUCAUAUUUUUGUAUUUUCUCUUAUACGGAAAAUGUAAAUAGUCCCAUUUCUAAUACUUACUUACUGUUAUUUCUGAAUUUGUCUCUGCAUAAUUAUUUGUAUACAGUAUUACUUUUUAUUUUACAGAUCAAAAAUGUAAUGAAAUACAAAAUUAAUAGCUUUGUACUUUUUAGUAAAUCUCAUAAUGUACCAUAUAUGUUUCCAGUUUUUAUGUAGUAACUUUGAGGCCUGGUAAAGGACCAGGACAUUGAGCCCCAAAAUCACACAAGGUAACCAGCCUAUUAAAAUAUGACUGUUGUGGACUAAUUUAGCUUUGCUUAGCAUUUUCAGGGACUUUACUAUUUGACAGGUAUGCAAAUCUGACCUAUUCUGUGAUAAUGAUUGGUAGCUCCAAGAAAGUUAACUUAAAAAUGCAUAUUACAUACUGUACUACUAUUUUAUUUGGUUCUCAGACAACUUUAUUAGUAUAUUACAAAUAAUUCAAAUUUUUAGUACAGCAUUUUAGUUUUUUUUUACUAAAAUAUAACAUAUGUUAACUUUAUAUAUAAAGAGAGAAUAGAAUAUAAUUUAUCUUACUGUAAUACUCUCCAGGCUAUGAAUUGUGUAAUGUUGAUAUGAACAUCUGAGAUGUUAAGUCUCAUUCCUGGAUUUAUGAACAAAAUGAGCAAUAGUGCUUUUUAUGCGCUUCAUGCAAACUGCACAUACCAUCAAGAAGAAGAUAGUGCUUUAGACUUGUCUGCAAUCAUUGCUACAUCACUGAAGUGAUAAAGCUAGAAUCAUGCACAGCCAUGUUUUCCCUCUAAGCCAUGCACUUUCAUAUCCAAACUUGAAUGACGAGUAGCAGUCCGCUAUCUAUUGGCAGCUUAUGCUACGUCUUUACUGACAAAUAGGGUAGUGCAGGAGAGGGGCUGUAGGCAUUCCAAAGCAUGGUGAUUAAAUUGCACUUUAUAUACAUAGGUGCAGUGUAAAUUAGUUUCUAGUCAAAUUUUGGUCCUCAGGAAAUGCAGAGAAGUGCAGUCUCCCAAUAUUUCAUCUUCUGUUACAGUAAUACUGUAACAUUCUUAAAUUAUAUUCUAAACAGCUACAGGUAAUAACAAUUUCCACUAGCCUGGUUGGCUACAAAUUCUUUUGUAAAAAGUUAUAUUUAACUAAAAUAAAUAUUGAAAGAUGUAUUGCUUAUACAUCUCUGGACUUUUGUAUGUACAGUACUUGCAUUAGAUCUAUACUGCAACAAAUUUGCUCUCAAUAGAUGCCUUUAAAUAAGAAUUGGUUUGAUAUCCCCAAAACACUCAUUAUUACUCCUUAUUUAAAAGUAUCUGUGGCUUUCUUUAUACUGCCUGUAUUGUGGAGAGAUUUACCUGCAUAUAGUGCAUUACAGGUACUAUUUUUUUUUGUCAUCUUACACGUAACCAAUCAGGGAUGUAUACAACAAGGGGUGUACCCUGCUUCCCAAUGUGUAUAAAUAGGUAUAUUUGCUGGUUGGUCAGUAAGCUAUUGUGGUGGCCUUAGCUCCUGUGGUUGAUAGGACACAAGGCCAAUACUAAACUAACUUGUAACCCUACUUUGGUAAGUAAUGAUCUUAAUAAUUAUAAUUUCUAAAAUAUCUA